GAGUCCGGUGAUGGAAACCGCAUUGCCGCCCUGGUGAUCGAGACGCUGGCUUCAGUUUUGGAAGGCGGCUUCGAUGAAGGCGCCCGAACUGCCAAGACGCGGCAGGGCGUGGCGGGGCGUGUCUUGUCGGAGCACCUGCAGCUGCUCUACCGCUACCUGGGCACCGAGCGUGACCAGCUGCUGAAGGCUUGCUUGAGGCUGCUGACGGGAGUGAGUUCUGUGAGCCAGUCGAUGUCCUCGCAGUUGCUCCGGACCUUCAACUUUGCCCACGAAGGAUUUGCAAGGCUGUCCCAGAGGAGGCAUCAGGCUUCCAAGAAGGACAAGGGGAACCGCAAGGAGCCUCCGAAGGUGGACACGAGGACUUUCUUUUCCAGAUUCGCCACCAGCUUCUUGCGAUGGAAGGAUCCAUCCUUGACAUCUGCUGCCCUAGGAAUCAAAGACCUCAUUGGCGGCGUCCUGCGUGGAUUAUCGCAGGAUCCACCCCAGGAAGCCUUGGCCUUCGUGCGUGACAUCCUGGAGUUGGUGGUGCGCCAGAGGCAGUUGCCACGACAGACGAAGGUGUUCUUCUUCAAUGCCUUUGCAUUGCGGAACCUGGCUUCCCUGCUGGGCUCCGAGGACAAGCAGGUAUCUUCCACCGCGAGCACGCUGCUCCGCGAGGUCUGUUGCAAUGGGAGCCUCUUCCCAGCCAGCAAGGAUGCCAUGCUUCUCGAUGUCUGCCUGGAGCUGCGGGCGCACGAAGCGCAGCAGGACCUGGUGGCGGCAGUGCUGAACAGCCGUCCGCGACUACAUCUGCAACGUGCAUGCGUGGAAGUCGGACGUGCCUGCAAAACUGCAGCUGUUCUGGAUCCAGAUCCGGAUUGA